AUGCCGCUCAGGGCGAAACUUGACGAGAGGGCGUUUACUACGAGGGCACAGGCCGGUAUGGAUCUUGCCGAAGAGCUGCGGCCGCGUCCCGAGGACGAGGCCGACGACGUCGUCGUUACCGCCAAGGCUGGCCUCCGCACGAUUGAGCUUAACCGACCGAAGAAGCUUAACUCGCUCAACUCGUCGAUGAUUCGAAAGAUCCUUCCUCGCUUGAUUGAAUGGGAAAAGUCGGAUAUGGCCAACGUGGUCGUCAUGAAGGGUGCUGGGCAAAAGCUUUCUGCGCUGGCGUACUUUGGUCUCGAAUAUAAGCUUGAUCAUUAUAUCUCUACCUAUCAGAAGCCCUAUGUCGCGUUUUUGGAUGGUAUCACCAUGGGCGGCGGUGUGGGCCUUAGCAUCCACGCGCCUUUCCGGAUAGCGACGGAGAGGACUGUGUUCGCCAUGCCCGAGACGACCAUUGGAUUUUUCCCCGACGUGGGCGCCUCCUUCUUCCUACCCCGGAUGAAUGGUUUCGUUGGAACCUACCUUGCCCUUACGUCCGACAGGCUCCACGGUGCCAACGUGUUCUACUCCGGCGUCGCUACGCACUACAUCCACUCCACCAGCCUCCUCGACCUCGAGACCCGCCUCGGCGAGCUUCGUUUCCGUGACUACGAUACGCUCGCGACCCGGCUUAGCCUUAUCAACGAUGCCAUUGAGGAAUUCGCCAGCGGCAUGCCCCACGAUGAGCCCAUGCACAUCCGUGGCGAGCUUCGCGAAGCCAUCGACCGUUGCUUCCGCUACGAUACCGUCGACGAGAUCAUCAACGCCCUCGAAGCGGAACAAGGAGCUACCAAGGAGUGGGCUACUCGCACCCUCGAGACGCUGCACAAGCGGUCGCCUACCUCGGUGCACGUCACCCUCCGCCAGAUGCGCGUCGGUGGCAAGUGGAGCAUCGCCGAGACGUUCAAGCGCGAGCACGCCAUCGCUUCCAAGUUCAUGCAGCACCCCGAUUUCACCGAGGGCGUGACGGCGCUCCUCGUCCGCAAGAUGGCGCCUCAGUGGCAGCCUGCGUCGCUCGAGAAGUUGGCCGAGACGGGCGAGAACGUGACGACGCCCUUCUUCAACUUUGCCGAUUUCAAGGCGGAGGACAAGCUGGCGCUUCUCAAUGAUAGGGAUUACUCGGAAUACCCCCACCUCGUCUUCAGCGUGCCCUCGGAGAAGGAGAUUGAGGAAGUGGUGCUUUCGGGUGGUGUCGCGGGUAGGACGAGACAGGAGGUCAUGACCGAGGUUGUCAACAGGAGGAAGGGCAGGCAGGGCAUCAGGGCUGUGGUUUCGGAGAUCCUCAACAGGAAGACGAGCGUGGAUGACAAGGGGAAGGCGAGGUGGAUCUCGUAA